CAUCCUUGAAGUAGCACGCACGCAGCUCGGCAUAUUCCCCUGUUCUCCAUCCAGCUCCCUUUCCCUCCCGAGCCCUUAUUAAAACCUUUAACCUUCCGAUCCUUCUUGUCUACGGUUCGUUUCUCUCGUCUGUGAAACUAUAUGGCCCCUGAGCUCGUCCCCACCGUAGUCAAAUCCGGUGGCUUCACCCCCCCGGCCACCCUGCGCAGUCGAGCUUAUGUCACAUUUCUUGCCGGAAAUGGAGACUACGUCAAAGGCGUUGUCGGUCUGGCGAAGGGUUUGAGGAAGGUGAGGUCGGCGUAUCCCUUGGUGGUGGCCGUCCUCCCGGACGUACCGGAGGAGCACCGUCGGAUCCUAGAGUCUCAGGGCUGCGUCGUCCGCGAGAUUGAACCCGUUUACCCUCCGGAGAACCAGACUCAAUUUGCCAUGGCCUAUUACGUCAUCAACUACUCUAAGCUCCGUAUUUGGGAGUUCGUGGAAUAUAGCAAGAUGAUAUAUUUGGACGGAGACAUUCAAGUGUACGACAACAUUGAUCACUUAUUUGAUCUGCCGGACGGACACUUGUACGCUGUCAUGGACUGCUUCUGCGAGAAGACAUGGAGUCACACCCCGCAGUACAGGAUCCGAUACUGCCAGCAAUGUCCGGGCAAGGUGCAGUGGCCGGCGGAGAUGGGUGAACCCCCUGCUCUGUACUUCAACGCUGGAAUGUUCGUGUUCGAGCCCGGCAUGGAGACAUACCACGAUCUCUUGAAAACACUCCAAAUUACUCCUCCCACGCCUUUUGCAGAGCAGGAUUUCUUGAACAUGUACUUCAAGCCCAUUUACAAGCCAAUUCCCUUGGUCUACAACCUUGUCCUGGCUAUGUUGUGGCGCCAUCCCGAGAACGUGGAACUUGACAAAGUCAAAGUUGUCCACUACUGCGCUGCGGGAUCGAAGCCGUGGAGAUAUACGGGGAAGGAAGAGAACAUGAAUAGAGAGGACAUAAAGAUGCUGGUCAAGAAAUGGUGGGACAUAUACAACGAUGAAACCUUGGAUUACGACAAGGGCAGGAGUGGAGUGGAAGGCGAUGCUGGAUCAAUGAAGAGGGGAUCGUUGAUAGCAGCGAUGUCGGAGGCUGGUCAACUUCCGUAUAUAACAGCCCCUUCUGCCGCCUGAUAUAUACUCCGGCUGCCGUGGGAGGAUUCUAAUUUGGACAUAAUUGGUCCCUUGGAUUUUCCGUAAGGAUGGGGGGUUGGGUGGCCUUUUGAUUUUCCACACUUUUUCUUUUUUGUUUUUUGUUUUGGUUUUUUUGGUUUUUGGCCUAGGUUCAGGUUGUGUGUCUGCGAAUGUUCGGGCUUCGUUGCUUCUCUGCAUAUAUAUUUACGCGCGCACCCUCUAGGUUGUGUCAACGCUGGUCUUUGUAAAAUUUGCCACGUAAGUAAUGUUAUUAUAGUUCUGAAGAUGGAGUAAAAUGUCUUUUGCUAUGUGACUGGUCUUUGUAAUUUGCCACGUAAGUAAUGUUAUUAUAAAUCUGAAGAUGGAGUGAAAUGCAUUGCUAUGUGAACAAAGUGCUUCUUUAA